GUUUGUCUCGCGAUAUCUUCUUGCUGUUGUUAGAAAAGCACAUCCCAGCUGGAAGGAUCAAAGAAAAGGGUCAAAGAUGCACAGAGCUAUCAACAAAACACAUUUAAGACAGUUGACAGGUCUCCUCCAAAGGUUUCAAAGCACCUUGGUAGUGGUAGAGCACAACAAUGACACACUGACGCCCAUCACAUUGAGUGCCAUCACAGCAGCCCAUAAACUGGGAGGAGAGGUGUCCUGCUUGGUCGCUGGAACAAACUGUGCAAAGGUUGUGGAAGACAUCGCAAAAGUCCACGGGGUAAAGAAGGUUCUAGUGGCUCAACAUGAUGCUUACAAGGGCUUUUUGCCAGAGGAGUUAACUCCACUUAUCCUGGCAACACAGCUGCAGUUCAGCUUCACCCAUAUCUGUGCUGGGGCAUCUGCCUUUGGGAAAAACCUGCUGCCAAGAGUGGCUGCCAAGUUGGACGUCGCUCCAAUUUCAGAUAUAAUUGAGAUCAAAACCCCAGACACCUUUGUCAGAACUAUAUAUGCUGGCAACGCUCUCUGCACCAUCAAGUGUAAUGAGAAAGUUAAGGUCUUCACCGUCAGAGGAACAUCUUUUGAGCCAGCUGCAAUGGAAGGAGGCAGUGCCUCCACUGAAGAAGUUUCAGCAUCCUCUUCCGCUGGGUUAUCAGAGUGGAUUGAGCAGAGCUUGACCAAGAGUGACCGUCCAGAGCUGGCCGGCGCUAAAGUUGUGGUGUCUGGAGGAAGGGGUCUAAAGAGUGGAGACAACUUCCAGCUGCUGUUUGACCUUGCUGAUCAAAUGAAUGCUGCUGUGGGUGCUUCCAGAGCUGCUGUGGAUGCUGGUUAUGUCCCUAAUGAUAUGCAGGUUGGACAGACUGGCAAGAUUGUUGCACCUGAAUUGUACAUCGCCGUUGGUAUAUCUGGAGCCAUCCAACAUCUCGCAGGAAUGAAGGAUAGUAAGACUAUUGUUGCCAUCAACAAGGAUCCAGAGGCACCCAUUUUCCAGGUGGCUGACUACGGCUUGGUGGCAGACCUUUUCAAGGCUGUCCCUGAGAUGACUGCAGCAUUGCAGAAAUGAGCCACGUAUCAUCUAGCAACUCUGACCUUGAGAGAAUGUACCCGCCAGGUACCUCUCCUACAACCUCUGCCUUAAGGUUUCUGUAGCCAUGCUAUUCUGGGGCCUUCCAUUAUGUAUUGAAUAGUCUUUUCCCCCUAUUAGCAACAUAAUAACAUUCUCAGUUUACAAACAGGUUUGUAUUUUUCGUAAUUUGUGUUUUGCUGACCCCGUUUAGGUGAUGUGACUGGUAAAUGUGUAUGUUGCACACUAUAAGUGUAUUUAGUCGUGCAUCCUAAUAAAAGGUGUUCUUUGGCAAUUCUA